CUCCCGUCCCAUCCCGUCCCUUCUCUCUCUCUCUCUCUCUUGCUCUUCCUCUCCUUCUUCCCUUCCCUUUCUCUGCAAUCAAAAUCUUCCGCAGUUGUUUUCUAAUCUCUAUUCAAAUCUAGGGUUCGAGUUCCGGAGCUCUUUUUCUAAUCUUUUUUUUUAUUGCCUUAUCUUUUCCCUCCCACUCCAUAAAAUAUACUACCACAAAAAAGGGAAAAAAAAAAAACUGUACUCCUUUUCUUUAAAAUUUCCCACUUUGAUAUUUUUUUACUUUUUCCCUUGUUUUCUGUUGUUCGUGCUUUGUGUUAGUAUUUCUUUUUUGAUGUUCUUGUAAACCAUGGCCGGUUUAGAUUUAAGCACGGCUUCUCGUUUCAUCCACCACCAGCCGCAGCCACAGCCGCAGCUCCACCACCGCCCUUCAGACUUGCAUCUCCAGCAUAAUACUCAAAGAACACUAGAGGAUGAAGAUGAUUUUCCCAGUGAUGAUCACCAAGAUGCAGAUGCAUCCCAUCAGCUCGACCUUAUAGGGGCAAAUUCCGGGGGUCCCGGGGAUGUCGUAGGUCGAAGGCCUCGAGGACGACCCCCGGGAUCCAAGAACAAGCCCAAACCACCAGUGAUUAUAACCAGGGAAAGCGCCAAUACUUUGAGAGCACAUAUUCUUGAAGUCGGCAAUGGCUGUGAUAUUUUUGACUGUGUUUCGACUUAUGCUCGUCGGAGGCAACGUGGGAUCUGCAUACUCAGUGGGAGUGGAACAGUCACAAAUGUUAGUCUUCGACAGCCAGCUGCAGCUGGUUCUAUAGUAACCCUGCAUGGGAGGUUUGAGAUUCUAUCGCUUUCGGGAUCCUUUUUGCCUCCACCUGCACCACCGGGCGCGACGAGCUUGACUAUAUUCUUGGCUGGUGGGCAAGGCCAGGUUGUUGUGGUGAGUGUGGUGGGAGAGUUGACGGCUGCUGGGCCGGUUAUCGUUAUCGCGGCGUCGUUUACUAAUGUUGCUUAUGAGAGGUUGCCGUUGGAUGAAGAUGAGCAACUGCAGAUUCAACCACCAGUGUCUCAAGCUGGUUCUGUUGCUGCUGCAGGUGGUGGUGGUGGAGGUGGAGGAGGAGGGGUUAGCAGUCAUGCUUUUCCGGACCCCUCUUCCGGGCUUCCAUUCUUCAAUUUGCCUCUCAAUAUGCCUAAUUUGCCAGUUGAUGGAUGGACCGGAAACACAGCUGUUCGACCUCCAUUUUAGUUAACUACUCAAGCUCAGAUACGGAAGGUCGAGUGAUAGAAAAGGAAAUUCUGUGGUUUUGGUGGGCUGAUUGGAUUGGAUUGGAGGAGAAACAGGAUUGGUGAAUGAUGAUGAAAAGGUCAGGAAAUUAAUUAAACCAUUGUAUUUUGAUCAAAUAUGAUCAUUCUUCUUCUCCUCUUUCUUCUCUUACCUUGGGUUGUAAGGGUUUUUCUUCUUCUUUCCUUUCUUAUGCGGGGUUUUUGUAACACUAGUUCCUGGAAAUAGUCCUCUCACUGUUUUUUUUUCUUGUAUCAAGCUCUUUUUAUAAGAAAUGGUUUGAGAAUCAGAUGUGGAUUUUCCCCUUGUUUAA